CUUCUAGACUUGCCAGAAGCAGCAGAGGACUAAAGAUGAAGAUCUUUUUCUUAUUCACCUUUACCACUUUUUUGUUGUAUGCUUUUGAACAAGCAGCUGCUUCUGCUCACUAUGACAAGAUUUUAACUCAUAGUCGAAUUAGGGCACGUGACCAAGGCCCAAAUGUAUGUGCUCUUCAGCAAGUCAUGGGAACAAAAAAGAAAUACUUCAGCACCUGCAGAAACUGGUACCAGGGAGCCAUCUGUGGAAAGAAAGCAACUGUCUUAUAUGAGUGCUGUCCUGGCUAUAUGAAGAUGGAUGGUACAAGAGGAUGUCCUGCAGUUGCUCCUAUUGACCAUGUAUAUGGUACCCUUGGUAUUGUGGGAGCUACCUCCACGCAGCAGUAUUCUGACAUAUCAAAGCUGAGAGAAGAGAUUGAGGGACGAGGAUCAUUCACUUUUUUUGCACCAAGCAAUGAAGCCUGGGAGCAAUUAGAUUCAGAAAUACACAGAAAUUUGGUUGACAAUGUAAAUAUUGAACUGUAUAAUGCUCUCCAUCAUCACAUGGUAAACAAGCGCAUGUUGACAAAAGAUCUUAAGAAUGGCAUGACUCUGGUGUCUAUGUAUAAUGACCAGAAAUUGCUUAUUAACCAUUAUCCUAAUGGGGUUGUUACUGUUAACUGUGCCAGGAUCAUCCAUGGCAAUCAGAUUGCUACCAAUGGUGUUGUUCAUGUCAUUGAUCGUGUCUUGACCGCUGUUGGAAAUACCAUUCAAGAUUUUAUUGAAGUCGAGGAUGAUCUUUCAUCUCUAAGAGCUGCUGCUAUCACAUCAGAUGUCUUGGAUAUUCUUGGAAGGCCUGGACACUAUACACUCUUUGCUCCUACUAAUGAAGCUUUUGAGAGACUUCCAAGGGGAAUCUUAGAAAGGAUCAUGGGUGACAAGGUGGCUUCUGAAGCUCUUGUGAAGUUCCAUAUUUUAAAUACUCUCCAGUGCUCUGAAGCCAUCAUGGGUGGAGCUGUCUAUGAAACCUUGGAAGGAAACACAGUUGAAGUUGGUUGUGAUGGUGAAAGUCUGACUGUGAAUGGAGUGAAGAUGGUGAAACGCAAAGAUAUUGUGACAAGCAAUGGUGUUAUCCAUCUCAUUGAUGAAGUGCUAAUUCCUGAUUCUGCCAAGCAAGUCAUUGAGCUUGGGGGUGCUCAGCAGACUACUUUUACAGACCUGAUGGCACAGCUAGGACUGGCAUCUUCUCUAAGACCAGAAGGCCAAUACACUCUCCUGGCACCUCUGAAUGGUGCUUUCUCAGAUGACACAUUAAGGUUGGAUCAACGUCUUCUUAAAAUGAUCCUGCAGAAUCACAUUAUAAAAGUGAAAGUUGGACUCAAUGAACUGUACAAUGGACAAGAGCUGGAGACAAUUGGAGGAAAACUGCUUAGAGUCUUUGUGUAUCGCACAGCUGUAUGUAUUGAAAAUUCAUGCAUGGUUAGAGGAAGCAAAGAAGGAAGGAACGGUUUUAUUCACAUCUUCAGACAGAUCAUCAAUCCAGCCGAAAAGACAUUACAUGAAAUGCUGAGAAAUGACAAGCGUUUUAGUGUUUUCCUCAGUCUGGUGAAAGCUGCAGAUUUAGAUGAUGUUCUGUCACGGCCUGGAGAGUGGACUCUCUUUGUUCCAACUAAUGAUGCCUUUAAAGGUUUGACUGAUGACGAUAAGGAUAUAUUGAUAAGAGACAAAAAUGCUCUCAGGAACAUUCUCCUUUACCACUUAACACAAGGAGUUUUCAUUGGAAGUGGCUUUGAGCCUGGUGUGACAAACAUUCUUAAAACUAUCCAAGGAGGGAAAAUCUACUUGAAAACAGUGAAUGAUACUCUUCUGGUUAAUGAACUGAAAUCAAGAGAAUCUGAUCUCAUGGCAACCAAUGGUGUCAUUCAUGUUAUUGAUAAACUCCUAUAUCCAGCAGAUCUGCCUGUUGGAAACGAUCAGUUGCUCACAAUCCUGAAGAAGUUGAUUAAGUACAUCCAAAUCAAGGUAUUCCUUAAAUAAUGAUCCCUACUCAUUUUUGACAAGAU